AUGGCAGCAACCCCAUUUCCAGCAGUAAUCCAACAGUCUCCCUCACGAUACAGUGCUUAUGACAACACCACACAUCUAUCAAGCCCUCUUUCUAGCUUACCCAAAUGCUCCUCUCUUAAAGAACUCAAGCAAAUUCAAGCCUUUACAAUCAAAACCCACCUCCAAAAUGACCUCCAAAUUCUCACCAAGCUUAUCAACUUUUGCACGCAAAAGCCUAACACCUCGGCCAUGGACUACGCACACCAACUGUUUGAAACAAUUCCCCAACCAGACAUUGUCCUCUUUAACUCCAUUUUUCGCGGCUAUUCGCGGUCCAAUGCCCCUCUCAGAGCCAUUUAUCUCUUUAUCAAAGCUUUAAAUGAAAAUAUUUUGCCGGACGACUACACUUUCCCAUCUUUACUUAAAGCGUGUGCGGUCGCUAAAGCCUUACAACAAGGUAAACAAUUGCAUUGCCUUGCUGUCAAACUUGGGCUAAAUGAGAAUACUUUUGUCUGCCCUACACUUAUAAAUAUGUACACUGGGUGUAAUGAUGUGGAUGGGGCUCGGAGAGUGUUUGAUAAGAUAUUAGAACCGUGUGUUGUUUCAUAUAAUGCUAUUAUAACAGGCUAUGCUAGAAGCAGUAGGCCUAAUGAGGCACUGUCUUUGUUUCGCCAAUUGCAGGCGAGGAAACUUAAGCCUAAUGAUGUUACCAUGCUCAGUGUUUUAUCGUCGUGUGCGUUGUUAGGUGCAUUAGACUUAGGGAAGUGGAUUCAUGAAUAUGUUAAGAAGAACGGAUUAGGUAAAUAUGUUAAGGUGAAUACGGCACUUAUAGAUAUGUAUGCCAAAUGUGGAAGCUUGGAUGAUGCCAUUUCUGUCUUUGAGAGCAUGAGUGUUAGAGAUACGCAGGCUUGGUCUGCGAUGGUUGUGGCAUAUGCAACGCAUGGCCAGGGUCAAAAGGCGAUAUCUAUGUUUGAAGAAAUGAUGAGCACAAAAGUGCAGCCUGAUGAGAUUACAUUUUUGGGCCUAUUGUACGCUUGUAGUCACACUGGAUUGGUGGAUGAAGGUUUUCGGUAUUUCUAUAGCAUGAGUGAUGUGUAUGGAAUCAUUCCUGGGAUCAAACAUUACGGGUGUAUGGUGGAUUUAUUAGGUCGAGCUGGACGCUUAGAUGAAGCUUAUAAGUUCAUAGAUGAGUUGCCAAUCAAGCCCACACCUAUACUGUGGCGAACCUUGUUAUCUGCAUGUACUAGCCAUGGCAAUCUAGAAUUGGCGAAGCAAGUGAUGGAGCAGAUUUUUGAACUUGAUGACUCUCAUGGUGGAGAUUAUGUGAUUUUAUCGAACUUGUGUGCUAGAGCUGGCAAAUGGGAAGAUGUGGAUGCUUUAAGAAAACGGAUGAUUCAUAAAGGUGCAGUAAAGGUUCCUGGGUGCAGCUCCAUAGAGGUAGACAAUGUGGUGCAUGAGUUCUUCUCUGGGGAUGGCGUGCAUUACAUUUCUACAGCCUUACAUCGAGCUAUGGAUGAGUUGGUUAAGGAAUUAAAAUUAGCUGGAUAUGUACCAGAUACUUCUCUAGUCGUUCAUCCUAACAUGGAAGAUGAAGAGAAGGAAAUCACUCUUAGAUAUCAUAGUGAGAAAUUGGCCAUUGCUUUUGGACUCCUCAACACCCCCCAGGGACAACAAUCCGUGUGCGAUUUCAUCAUUUCAAAGACGGGAAAUGCUCUUGUGGGGAUUACUGGUAGUAUAGUCUGCUUAAUUGAAAUUCCUCCUCAAUUGAUCGAGUCAUCUGCAUUGGUUCCUGUCUCUCAACAAAUGUUUCUCUCUGCUAUGAUUAGAGGGCUUUGUAGCUGGUACUUCCUCUCUGUUUCACAGGAUUUUGAUUUCUUCUACUUUGUUCAACAGUGGCCAGGAUCAUACUGUGACUCGAAGCAAAGUUGUUGCUAUCCAACCACUGGAAAACCUGCAGCUGAUUUUGGUAUUCAUGGACUUUGGCCUAAUUACAAUGAUGGGACCUACCCACAAAACUGCGAUGCUAAUAAACCCUUCGAUCCAAAAGAGGUUGCAGACCUAAGGAGCAGUAUGCAAAAGAAUUGGCCAACACUAGCUUGCCCAAGCGGCAGUGGAGUAACCUUCUGGACACAUGAAUGGGAAAAGCACGGGACAUGCUCCGAGUCUAAUCUUGACCAACAUGGAUACUUCCAAGCAGCUCUCAAUUUGAAAAAGCAAGCGAACCUCCUUCAGGCUCUAACAACUGCAGGAAUAAACCCAGAUGGGGGAUUGUACAGCUUGAGCAGCAUUAAGAGUGCCAUACAAAAGGCAGUAGGCUUUACUCCAUGGAUAGAGUGCAAUACUGAUACAUCGAGGAACAGCCAACUUUACCAGAUUUACUUGUGUGUGGAUACUUCUGGGAAAAAUCUCAUUGAAUGUCCAGUGUUUCCCAAAGGGAAAUGUGAUUCAGAGAUUGAGUUCCCUACUUUUUAA